UUUCUUAGCUGACAACACUUGAAUAUUCUGCGAAUUCUUUUAAGAGAUUUUAAGGUUUCCCUACAGUCUGUGAAUAUCUUGGCAACCAUGAGGACAUUUGUCUGUUGGUUCCUUCUUCUCCACGAGACCCUGGCCUACAGCGAUUACUAUCCUCUCCCGGAGCUGAAGGAGAAAUUCCCUGAAGAGUACGAGCACAACUGGUUCUUCCACCAGCCCACUCUCUCUCCUUACCAGCCUGGCGCCGAUGAGCCGCUGAAGGAUAAGUUCUGGGAGAGUCCGGACUAUAGAAUAGAGGAACCAGUAUGGGUGCCCUGGUCAGAUGGUACCAGAAGGGAGGAGAACCGACCCUACCGCAUCUCCCCCAACUACAAGACCCUGUCGUGGCUGCAUAGCAGAGCAUCUGAUGAGAACAUCCGGAACCUGGCAUGCUACUGCGUCACGGUAUACAAGCGGCUCACUCCGUUGGCGACUGGCGCGCUGAUCACCACGCGACAUUUGCUGACCACUGCUUCAUCAACGUGGCUCGUAUUGAAGGAUAGAAUAGGGUACAACACGCUAGAGAACAUUCUCGGCUUCUGGUACGACCAUUCUGCGAAUACCUUCAACAGUUCCAUGUAUAUGAGCGUCUCCAGGAUACACUUCCAUCCGCUUUUUCACAAACCAGAGCACGUGAACCGCUCCCAUCCGUUCCCGUUUACUUUCGACCUAGCGGUUUGGGCGACCACCGCCAACGUCUACGGUUGGUACCUGAAAGGGGACUCCGCUGUAACCUGCAUGAGGGGGACUUCGCACUCUCGCGAACACCGUUCUCCGGUGCCAAGCGGCGAGGUAUUCCACAUCGUUGGCUUCCAAUACAUCUGGGCGUACAAGAGGAAACCCAUGCCGUGGUUCAAGUAUGACUAUAAAACCUAUGCAGCUGUCAACCCCUGCCCGAAGGGGGAAUGGGGCUGGUUCAUAUGCAUAGAAGCAGACUACAUUAGAUACGGGAUAGACAGCGGGGCGGGGCUACAUCGCACCUUUAAAGGAACCAGCUGGAGAUGGGACGGGCUAGUCGGCUUGGGAGCGUUUUCCAUGACGCUGCGUUCUUCCAACCUUACUCACUACUUCACCGUGCUAGACUGUCACGUUGUAUUGGACUUCCUAUACGACUCAUACAUCAAUCGCCUCAAGCCAGUCUGGCUGGACAAACGCUUCCACGACACCCAGGGUGCAGCACCGAAGCCAAAAUACUACAUACCGCAUGACUAUUCCUUCGGUGUUGAAAACCCCUACCAGUAUUAUAUAGGUAUACCCAAGUAAGGGAAUGUACAAUCGAGAUAGAAAUGGGGAAUAAUUUAAAUUAUGAUGAUAAUAAUAAUAUGGAUA